GUGGGGUCUGACCAGGGUCCUAUAUAGCUGUAACAAUACCUCUUGGUAAUGUGCAAGUCGUACUUUCCCCAGAAGAGAUCCCAGUGAUCCAUAAAUCUCAACCCUUGCUCCCUGCACCAGUUCCUCAGCCACGCACUCACCUACCAAAUCAUCCUAUUCUACCCUCACUGCAGCGUGGCACAGGUAGCAAUCUAUAGAUUACUACCCUGAAAGUGCAGUUUCUCAGCUUACUACCUAGCUCCCUAAAAUCUCUCUUCACAACCUCCUCACCUUGACUACCUAUGUCAUUGAUACCAAUAUGUACCAAGACUUCUGGCUGCUCUCCCUUGCCCUUCCUUGUGAAUGCCAUGGACCCGAUCCGUGACAUCCCUGAUCCUGGCACCAGGGAGGCAACAUACCAUCCAGGUGUCUCCAUCUCACCCACAGAAUUUAGCCUGUUCCUUUGACUAUGCAAUCUCCAAUCAACACUACAAUUCUCUUCACCCCUCUUCUCUUCUGAGCCACAGCACCAAACUCCAUGCCAGACACCCAGUCACUGUGAUCCCCUCAUAAGGUCGACCCCUCAUUUGUAUUUAGAAUUGUAAAUUUAUUAUUGAGGGAACGGCCACUGACUGUGCAUUCCUCCUCCUUCUCCUGACACUCACUCAGUUACUGUCCCUGCAAUCUAGGAGAGACUACCUUCCUGUAGCGCCUCUCUACCCCCUCCCCAUUCUCCCGUAUGAAUCGAAGUCAUUGAGCUACAGCUCAGUGCACCCGAUGCAGACGUGUUUAUCUGGGAGAGAGAUGGUCCACACUCUUCUAUCGGGUUCUUUCUUCCCCAGCUCUUGACCUUCACUCACCUGGCUUCAUCUAUCACCUUUCAAGCUAGCCUUUUUCCCUCCCCCAACCCCAUCUUUUUAUUCUGGAAACUUCCCCCUUCCGUCUUAGUCCUGACGAAGGGAUGGGAACGAAAUGUCAGCCGUAGCCGUACAGUCUUUUCCAUAGAUACUGCCUGAGCUGUUGCGUUCCUCCAGCGUUUUGCGUUCACAGUCCGCGACCAGGCGAUUAAAUGAGCAUGCGUACGGGUAGCAGACAGGUCCGGCCGGGGACAGCGCGCAUGCGCUUGAACAGUGAACAAAGGCUCCUGGAGAAUCGGCAGCAGGUCCUCCAGAUCCAGCAACAUCCUUGCAAAUUUUCUCUGUCGCCUUUCAACCUUGUUUACAUCUUUCCUGCAGGGUAGAAAUGGCAAAAAAAUUCUGUAUGGAAAUCUCAAACAACACGCCAGUUUUAUUGUCUCUGUACAGAUAAUUAAGGAGAGACCAGAUACUUCCUUCGUGACACCAGUAUAUCAGUUGUUGAUCCUUGGCAAUGAAGAAGUAUGUCAUUCCAGCUGGAAACAUGUUUUGUACCUAAAAUGAGGUUUUCUGUUAUAAUUCAGUGAAAUCCAAUGGAAUCAGGGUGCUGAGAACACACCAGCAUUUAUUCACUGGAGAUCAGUUCUUUAACUGCAUUGGUUGUAUGAGGGAUUCACUACGUCUGACAUCUGACUUGAUGAGUUGACAGAAUUGAUAGAGAACUGUGGGAAGGGAUUCACUCAGUCAUCCCACCACAGACACCAGUCAGUUGACACUGGGGAGAUGCCAUUUAUUUGCUCUGAUUGUGGGAAGGUGUUCACUCACUCAUGCCACCUACGAAGACACCAACGAGUUCACACCGGGGAGAGGCCAUUCAUCUGUUCAGACUGUGGGAAAGGAUUCACUCAGUCGUCCAGCCUGCUAACACAUCAGUCAGUUCACACUGGGGCGAGGCCAUUCUCGUGCUCUGAUUGUGGGAAGGGGUUCACUCGGUCAUCAUAUCUACGGAGCCACCAAUAUGUUCACACUGGGGAGUGGCCGUUCACUUGCUCAGACUGUGGGAAGGGGUUUACUUGGUCAUCUGAACUGAAGAUACAUCAGCGAAUUCACACUGGGGAGAGACUGUUCACCUGCUCAGAUUGUGGGAAGAGGUGUACUCGGUCAUCUGAACUGAAGGUACAUCGGCGACUUCACACUGGGGAGAGGCCUUUCAUCUGCUCAGACUGUGGGAAGGGGUUUACUCAGUCAUCUGAACUGAAGGUACAUCAGCGAAUUCACACUGGUGAGAGGCCAUUCACCUGUUCAUACUGUGGGAAGGGUUUUACUCGGUCAUCUGAACUAAUGGCACACCAACGAGUUCACACUGGGGAGAGACCAUUCACCUGCUCAGACUGUGGGAAGGGAUUCAGUCAGUCAUCCAACCUACGGAAACACCAACGAGUUCACACUGGGGAGAGACCAUUCACUUGCUCACACUGUGGAAAGGGAUUCAUUUUAUCGUCUGAACUGAAGUUACACCAAAGAAUUCACACUGGGGAAUGGCCAUUCACCUGCUCAGAUUGUGGGAAGGGGUUCAGUCAGUCAUCCCACCUACUGACACACCAGCCAGUUCACACUGGGGAGUGGCCAUUCACCUGCUCAGAAUGUGGGAAGGGGUUUACUCGGUCGUCUGAACUGAAGAUACAUCAGCGAAUUCACACUGGGGAGAGGCCAUUUACCUGCUCAGACUGUGGGAAGGGGUUUACUCGGUCAUUUGAACUGAAGGCGCAUCAGCGAAUUCACACUGGGGAGAGGCCAUUCACCUGCUCAGACUGUGGGAAGGGAUUCAUUCACACAUCCAGCCUACAGACUCACCAGCGAGUUCACACUGGGGAGAGGCCAUUUUCCUGCUCUGAAUGUGGGAAGAGAUUCACUCAGUCAUCUACCCUACAGAGGCACCAGCAAGUUCACUCUGGAGAGAGGCCGUUCAUUUGCUCAGACUGUGGAAAGAGCUUCAGUCAGGCAUCCGACCUUCUGGUGCACUUCCAAUUUCACACUGGGGAGAAAAUUUAAAUAAACUGCAUGCUGAAGAAUUAACCAAUGCAUUUGCUGAAUCCAGAGUUAAGUUUCAAAGUGACUGUUGGUGUCGAACUCUGCAAUUAUUGCUGCUGUUCAUCAAACCCAGUUUUGCACCCUGGUCACUGGGCAUGGAAGGAGUUUCUUCUGCUGAUGUUCACCUUUAAUGGGACUGGAGUUUAAUAUUCUGGAUCUGUGAUAAAUAAAUCAGUCAUAUUUUAAACUCUA